GUUGUCCCAGCUACAGCUUUCUUUCAAGUUCUCACUGAUUCCGACUCUGAAGGAGACUCCUGCAAUCCACCAGCCCCUCCUUUACCACCCGUGAUAGGACCAAAUCCAGCCAAUGAAAAUGGUAGUUCAGAUGUGAUGUCUUAUGUAUCACCACUUACAACGACCACUGGUGGCAACGAAUACGCUGGAAGCAGUCUAACCGCUUUAAUGGAUUCACAAUUUCCACGAAAGCAGUCCAAUUCCGAUUCCCACCUCAAGGCUGCUUCUGCAUCUUCAAAACAUUCCAUCUACCUCGCCCAGGCUACUCCUUCCAGGGAAUCAGAUCUUGCCCCAACUUUCUCGUCACACCCACCCCCAUUUGCGCCUGCCCUGCCUUCACUAGCGGUCUCCAACCCCCCGCUCAUUAUGCCGCCUCAGCAAUAUCCUUUUCAAUUUAACACUACUAUAUACGGACCUCAUCAGGCCCCAGCUGGAGCCCAUCCGAAUCCUUCUGUGAGCAAUUUGCUAUCUGGAACUCAGAUUCCUGCAGCAGCGUCGGGUACCUACGAUUCGAGUUCUGGGGCAAACCAUGUCUUUCUUUCCUUUGAAUGA